AGAUAACUACUACAUACCUUUGUAGCUAUAGCUCCACAGAAGCCGCGCCCUACUUACUUUCGCUUCUUACCUUAUUCGCAGCGCUUUCUAAAAGUAAAAAAAAAGCAAAGCGACGUUUUCCACGCAAGCAGCAGAAACCCGUAAGAAGAAAAAUUGUAUUUCUUUUCGUGCUUGCUGGGCACCGUUGACGGCGGAGGGGAACACACAAGCACAAGAGAGGAAGAAGUACAACCGUUCUUCUCCAUUCCUUCACUGCUGUGGUGAUUGCUGUUUCUUCGUGUAGUUCUGUUUCCCGCCCACGUUGGCCACAUCAAGCAAGGAAAACAACCGCAGCAGCACCAAGAGAUGUACACGAUGCGAUCGGCAGCGCUACGUCUGACGCAGGCCGUGCUCGUCGUGGCGCUCCUCGCGGCCACCCAAGUCGCGCACGGCCAGCUGCAAGGUCUGCUGGUGCUGCAGAUGAAGGACUGGAUCAUAUACACCCCCAAGGACAUCAAGAGUCGGCAGAUCUCUGUCACCUACGACAGCACGGCGAAGCUGUGCUUCAGCAGCGGUGGCGUCCCCGCGAGCGACCCUACCACGUCCAUUAACAACCAGAUGAUGGCCUCCAUUAAGGAUACGGAUGCCGGCGCGGCCGUGACCUUCUUCACCGGCGCCAGCGCGGAGCCGUCAGCAGAAAACCCAAACAAAUGCUGCGACGCACGCAGCUGCACUUCGCCUACGCUGAGCAGCGACAGCUGCACCUACCGCUGGCGCUACGGGUUCUACGAUAUGUACAGUUACGCAGGCGAGCCAGGCACGGCUUUCUGGCAAGGCCUGUAUGCCAACAAGGGACACGUGCUCAACGACUACGAGCAGUUCGUGUGGAAUACAACCGGCAGUCUCUCCUUUCCGCGCGGGCAGUACUACAUGAUCAACAGUGUCGGCACCAGAUCGUUGGUGCGCAUGGACAGCCCUAUGGACCCCGAAAACAACAAUCCUAACCCCGUCGACAAGUACAUGGUGGUGUGCGAGGUGCAGCUCUACCCCCAGCACCCCCCCACCACCUCCCGCAAGCCGCAGCCAACCUUUGUAAACUGCUUUAAACGGCUCACGUGGGCCCAGUCACACUGGUGGGUGAUCUUUCUCAUCAUUGCUCUGGUGCUGCUGGUGCUGCUGUUUGCGGUUAUUGCAUACUGCUGCAUCACCGCGACCAAGCCGAAGGAGGAACCGCUGAUCCACGCGAUGGUGUUGCGCGAGCGGAUGGGCACGGCCUACGUCCUCGCCGACGCCAUACCCAAGUCCAGCAACGGCAGCAAGGACCCGAAGCUUCCUAACGGCGCGUACACGCAGCAGCAGAUGUCAGUCGAGCAGCAGCAGCAGCAACAUCAGGAGGCGCAGCGCCGUCUCGGUCGCGGCUUCAACCCACAGGAACCCCGGCAAAACCCGGAGGACAUGACCAUGGGUGCCGCCGGUAUCUUCGGCCGUGGCGGGCGUAACCAGUACGGGGACGGCAACAUGGUCGACAGCGACGGCCGCCAGAAGGGCGAUGACUACUACGCGAACGUGAGGGGUGGUUGUCUGCACGAGGAUGAGGUGAAGAGGAUGGAGCAGCAGCAGCACGAGACCGCGUCAGCGGUGGACAGUGUAACAGCGCCGAAGCGAAGGAGCAGCCGUCACUCACGUGGUCGAACAGUCUCGCAAACCUUCGAAGAUGUCGAUGUGCCGCAGGCAGGUGAGAUUUCCGAACUAAACGUGGAUCUGUAG